AGUCUCCCCUUAAGCCCCUCGCAACUGGUAUUUCACUUUUCUGCUGUUAGUUCUCUCCCACCGAAAACAAUGGCGGCGAUCUCUGGCCACUGCACAUUCCGAUCACACAAAUUGCCUCUCUCCUCCUCCUCCUUCUCCUCAUUCUCCGGCGGAGCUGACCGAUCUUCCCGCAUUUCCUUCGCUUCUCCUCUGUCGGUCCGCCGAAACCACAUCCCUUGCCAGGCCUCCUCCGCCACCUCACCACCUUCUUCUUCCGUCAAUGGGAUAGCAAAAGGGGAGAUGAAGGAUUUUUUGCAUAUUAGCGACUUUGAUAAAGCUACCAUAAUGAAGAUAUUAGACAGGGCUGCAGAGGUCAAGGCACUGUUAAAAUCAGGAGAUAGGUCAUUUGUUCCAUUUAAGGGUAAGAGUAUGGCAAUGAUUUUUGCAAAGCCAUCAAUGAGGACACGAGUUUCAUUCGAGACUGGAUUUUUCUUGCUUGGAGGUCAUGCUAUAUAUUUGGGACCAGAUGAUAUCCAGAUGGGUAAACGUGAGGAAACUCGUGAUGUUGCUCGUGUUUUAUCUCGCUAUAAUGACAUCAUUAUGGCACGUGUAUUUGCUCAUCAGGACAUUCUUGAUUUGGCUAAAUAUGCUACUGUACCUGUCGUGAAUGGCUUGACAGAUUACAACCACCCUUGUCAAAUAAUGGCUGAUGCCCUCACAAUUAUUGAACAUGUUGGUCAAUUGGAAGGGACGAAGGUUGUCUAUGUUGGGGAUGGAAACAAUGUUGUGCACUCUUGGCUGUUGUUGGCUGCAGUUGUUCCUUUCCACUUUGUCUGUGCCUGCCCUAAAGGUUUUGAGCCUGAUAAAGAGACUGUUAAGAAGGCACAGCGAGCUGGGAUCAGCAAGAUUGAGAUUACAAAUGAUCCAAAAGAAGCAGUCAAAGAUGCUGAUGUUGUGUAUUCAGAUGUGUGGGCUAGCAUGGGGCAAAAGGAAGAGGCUGCCUAUCGUCGUCAAGUAUUUCAAGGAUUUCAGGUUGAUGAAGCUCUUAUGAAGAUAGCAGGCCCCAAAGCUUAUUUCAUGCAUUGCUUGCCAGCCGAAAGAGGAGUGGAGGUGACUGAUGGUGUUAUCGAGGCUCCCAACUCCAUUGUCUUCCCACAAGCGGAAAAUCGCAUGCAUGCACAGAAUGCUAUAAUGCUUCAUCUACUAGGCGUAUGAUUCCAUUGCAAUGCUGCAUUUUUUAAGGCUAGUGCUUCAAUGUUUAAAUGAAAACCGACUAAGGCGUGUUACCUCUCUAAUUCCAUUUUCAGCUUAGAUACAAACUUUUAUUAGUUGAGUUUAAACUUUUUAUUCUGGUUUUAAGUUAUGAAAUAUUAGUAUAUUCUCUGGCGAUUA